AUGAAACAUCGCCAGUCGAGCAUUAAGCAUAGAGAUGAUGGUGGAGCAGAUAUGGCUUGGGGUCAUAGCAAGGAUUUCCAAUCAGCACCCUCAGGUGGACUAAGGAUGAGAAGACUGUCAAGUUCAAAAACAUACAUGACCAGCAGCAGUUUUAUAGAAAGAAGUGUGGAAAAGACACAGGAAACGCCAUCUGUCUCUGCACAUUCAGAUCAGCAUGUCCAUGUCCCUGUUUCCACUGAAGAUACUAUUUCGUAUCCUUUCGAUGAUUGCCGCAGCAUGCAUGUUCAACCUGCAGAUACCCCUCAAGAAUUGUCUGAAGGAGAUGCUGACGAAGAAGGGUUUGAUGGAUUAUGGGACAUUGUGGAAACUCGUUCCAAUUCCAGCAAGGAGAAUCCCAUAUCUCCCGUUGGUUCUCAUAAUAUUUUUUAUGACGGAGACGAUUCACGCUCCCCUGCAUCUCCACCAGACGACCUUGUUGCUCAUAAUAGCUUAAAUGACUUCAGCGGCAGCCCUGACUUGUCUGGUCCGGUAUUACCUGCAUCAGAAACCUUGAAAAUGUUGCCUCCAGAAAGUGUCAGGGAGGAAGCAUUGCUUGAUCUGCAAAAGUCAGAAGUGUUGCAUAUGUAUUCUUUGACUCCAAAGGAAAACCCUACUCCGAAUGCAGUCAAUGAUAAGGAGCUGCCAAUCACUCCUGACAUGGGGACCUAUUCAGAGUUGCUUGGCGAGGGAGUCGAGGAGACAGAAUCGUCCAUGUUCCAUAUACCAGAGGAAAGUAUGCGGCCCUUCAUCUCAGAGGAGGUUUUACUGGGCCCAGUUGCAGCCAAUAGUAUUGAACAUUGCUUGGGAACUCCAGAGUUCUCUUUGUGCGGUCAAGAGACUGAAAAAUUGGAAGUUGUUGGAAGUGCCAAGUUUACUAAUGGCAGUCCUGAGUCAAGCUUCUUAUCUUCUCCGGAGUUAGUUGUGGAGAGUGCUGAGGAUGCCGCUGAGAAAGAAUUAUGUGAAUUAAACACAAAGGAGGAGAAUGCUAUGCUCAUCAGUAUGGAGGAGCCUUUGCAAGAUCCACUUAUAGUGAGUACUAGUACUAGUGAACAAUGCCUGGAAAGUUCAGAUGUCUCUUUGUGCAUUCAAGAUGCCAAGGCGGGGGAAGUUUCUGGAACUAUAAACUUCGUUACAGCCAAUCAUGAAUUAAUGUACACAGCGUCUCCAGUGUUACUUGCAGAAGGCGACGAGGACUUGAAGGAGGAUAAAACAUGUGGCUUGCAUUUACUGGAGCAGAACGGCCUUCCUAUAAACUUUGAAAAGGAACCUAUUUUGGAUUCAGCUGACACUGCUGAGGAUGUCGAGAUAACAGAAGUUCAUGAUGUUGUCAAGGAGGGUUUGUUUGAGUCAGAAGGCGAGGAAACAUUUACUCAUGGGAAGCUUGGUGCCGCUUCUUCGAAUGCUGAUAGUAACACUGAAAAUUUGAUAACUGACUCAAUUGGUGUUCAAAUUAUUCCAAACCCCGACAUAAAUGAAGCACUUGAAGGUGGCUGGGAAGCAUUUUCUGAGCCGCUACACCAUGGCACUCGCCAUUCUGAAGAAAUUUUUUUAUCUCCAGGGGAGAUCAAUGAUGAAGAAGUCUAUUCUUUGACUCCAAUGGAGAGCCCUACUUUGUAUGCAGUCAAUGAAAAGGAACUGCCAAUCACUCCUGACGUGGAGAGCUACCCAGAGUUAUUUGGUGAGGGAGUUGAGGAGAUAGUAUUGUCCAAGUUCCAUAUGCCAGAGGAGAGUUUGACACCCUUCAACUUGGAGGAGGUUCUACCGUGCUCGCUUGCAGUCAGUAAUAUAGAAAAUUGCCCCGGGGCUCCAGAGUUCUCUGUAUGUGGUGAAGAGACUGAUAAAAUGGAAGUUGCUGGAAGUGUCAGCUUUAUCAAUGUCAGUCCUGAGUUGAGCUUCUUAUCUUCUCCAGAGUUAGUUGUGGUGAGUGCUGAGGAUGCCACCGAGAAAGAAUUAUGUGAAUUAAAUACAAAGGAGGACAAUGCUAUACUCAUCAAUAUGGAGGAGGAAGCUUUACAAGAUCCACUUAUGGUCAGUACCAGUACUGUUGAACAAUGCUUGGAAACUUCAGAUGUGUCUUUACACAUUCAAGAUGCCAAUCCUAAAUUGAUGUACCCAUCAUCUCCAGAGGUACUUGGAGAAUAUAAUGAAGAAUUCAAGGAGGAUCAAAAGUCUGACUCGCACAUACUGGAGCAGAAUGGCCUACCUUUUAAUUUUGAAAAGGAACCUAUUCUGGAUUCACCUGUAGCUGAUACUGCCGAGGACGUCGAGAUAACAGAGGUUCAUUAUGUUGUCAAGGAAGGUUUUUCUGAGUCAGAAGGCGAGGAAGCAUUUAACUAUCAAAAGCUUGCUGUCACAGAUUCGGAGGAUGAUAGUGACACUCAAAAUUUGAUUAUUGAUUCAAUGCCAGUGAAAUUCCUUCGAAACAGCGACCUAAAUGAAGUUCUUGAAGGUGGCCAGGAAGCAUUUUCUCAGCCACUACGUCAAAGCACUCGCUAUUCUGAAGGAAUGUUCUUAUCUUCAGCGGAGAUCAAUAAUGAUGAAGUCUAUUCAAGCAACUCAAAUUCAUAUGCCAAUGUGGUGGAAGAUGCUGCACCCUCUGAAGGACUUUCUAAGUUUGAAGAUGAAAUGUCUAUUGCUUCUUUAGAUACUUCCAUCUGCCUGGAUGAGGUUAAAAGUGCAGCUAUUGUUGACAUUGAUAUAGUCAGUCCUAAACUGAGCCUUCAAGCAGAGCUGCGUGGUGGGGGAGUUGAGGAGAAUGAACAGUCCAAGUUCCAUCUAACAGAGGAAAUCACAACACCCUUCAAUUUGGAGGCGGAAGUUUUGCUAUCCCCAGUUGCAGUCAAUAAUAGUGAAUACUAUGCGGAGACUCCAGAGUUCUCUUUAUACAAUGAAGAGAGUGAGGAAAUGGAAGUUGUUGAAAGUGUCAGCUUUGUUAAGGCCAGUCAUGAGUCGAGCUUCUUAUCCUCUCCAGAGUUAGUUGCAGAGGGUGAUGAUGAUGCUAGGGAGAAAGAAACACGCGAAGUAAGCACAAAUGAGGAGAAUGAGACACUCAUCAAUUUGGAGGAGAAACCUUUGCAAGCUGCGCCUGUGGUCAGUACUACUGAUCAGUGCUUGGAAACACCAGUGUUUUCUUCAUCUAGUGAAGAGACGACGGAUGUUCCAGAGAUUGUCAGCUUUGUUACAGUCAGUCCUGAAUUAAACUACUCUGUAUCUCCUGAGUUACUUGCAGAGAGUGAAGAUGGCAUCAAGGAGUAUGAAACGUCUGACUUGCACUUACAUGAGCAGAAAGCCCUACCUUUUAAUUUGGAGGAUCCUUUUCUGGAUCCACUUGUAGUUGAUAGUGCUGAAGAUGCAUUAGCCAAGUCUGAAGUGGGCAAGAUAACUGAAGUUCAAGGAGUCGUCGAGGGAGUUUUGCCUGAAUCAGAAGAUGAGGAAGUAGUUGACCAUCUAAAGCCUGUUCUCGCCUCUCCAGAUGAUGAUACUGCUGCUCAAAAUUUGAUAAGUAAUUCAACAUUUGCCCAGUUCAUUCCAGACAGCAGUGUAAAGGAAGGUUCUCAAGCUGGUCAGCAAGCAUUGCUUGAGUCUCCGCAUGAAAGCACUUGUCAUUCUGAAGGAACAUUCUUAUCUUCAGGCAUGAAGAUAACACCAUUUGCUGGUCAGGAAGGACUUUCUAAAUCUGAAGAUGAAAUAGCUUCGACUUCUCUGGAGGUUAGAACUGCAGAAAAUUUGACAGCCAACUCUGGACCUUCUCAGUCUAUCCCAGACAGCAACGGAUCUCAAUCUCUUCACGACCAGGAACAAGCUCCAUCUGAAACACUACAGGACGUUAAUUUUCUUAUCGAGGGAAGUCACACAUCCUCAGAUGAGGGCAUAAACUCUGAAAUAUUUUCGCUCUAUUCCAGGUCAUCUUCAUGUGUUUCAGAGAUCAAUAUGCUGGAAUCUCUCAGAAGUGGAACAUCUUCUGAACCAGAAAAUGAUCGUGGUUUAAGCUUUGAUGAGAGGAACCGUGUGAUAUUUCACAACCUGGACAGUACAGAAAAUUACACAAACAAUCCAGCGACUGCUGAAUCUAUGACCAACAUGAUUGAAACUCUUAAUAUUGCUGAUGAAACAACUGCUGGUUCACCGCAUGAAGUUUCUUCAAACUUUGUGGACUCUUUUGUAGCUCCAGAUGUAAUCAAUGGCAUGACACAAUCAGAUCAACACUUGGACUUAUCAUCCUCUUCAUUUGCUCCAGUGGUUGAUGCAUUUGAAACAUUGCAAAGUGGUCAUGUUUUUUCCGAGCCUCAACUUGAAAAUGAUGUUACGUUUGAGGAGACCCAAAUGUCCCCUAAGGAGGCUGAUGAUGCUGAAAACUAUUUCAUCAAUACAAUUGAUGAUCCUCAAGAUAGUGAGAGAACAUCAACUGUAGCUUUGGAAGAUGAAGAUGAUUUAACUCUUCAUAAGGCUUACAUGUCUCCUGAAGAUAUCAGUGAAGUCGAAAAUUCUUUGGCUGAUGAUUAUGCUUCAGAUCUUCCUCACAUGCCAGAGAACCACUGCUUCAGCGAAAAAGUAUCACCUGAAUCUCAGGACCCCUUAAGUUCUGAGGAGAUUUUGGUUCAUCCAGAGGGUUUGAAAACUGAAAAUGAUUUAGACGGUGCAAAGUCAUCCUUGUUUUCUACAGAGGUCAACUUGGCUGAACUUUGGGGCAUUGCUCACGAAGGAACUCUGCAACAAGAUGAAACCAUGUUGGGUUUUGAGGAAGCCAAUUCUGAAGAUCACUAUGACAAUUCAAGGUCCCUAGAUAUUCCAGAUGUCACUGUGGCGGAGAGUCUCCAAGCAGCAGAGAGAUCAUCAUCUGAGAUACUUUACGAUGGCAUGUUCAGUUUCGAGGGGACAUUAAUAUCUCUAGAUGGUGAUGACAAUGCUGAGGAUUUUACUAACAAUUCAGGUUCUGAUAUGCAUACUGCACAGACCGACACUACAAGUCUCCCUGGUCUUCAAGAAGGGUCUUUCAAGCCAGAAGAUGAGAAUGCAGUUAAUUCUAUCACCCCAUAUGAGGUUGAUACUGAAGAAUCAAGUAGCUCAAAUCGUGGUAAUUCCAGCUCCGCUUCAUCUCGUCAUGACAUCAGCUUCAUGGAGGCUCCUCGGCCCCGGGAACUGCCUAUAGACGCUGGAAGAGGAAAAGUUCUCAUCAAGGAUAAGGAACCAAAAGACGGUGAAUCUGAGGUGAUGAAAGAGACUGUCGAAGAUUUGGAUGAUGACCAUGAGACGAAACAAGUUGUCACAAUCAGUCAUAGCACUGGGAGCAGUAAUGUAUCUGAGCUAGCUGACUUGCAGUACACCGAGUCGGUUGAUGAUGAUACUGAAACUCUUAGUGCUCCUCUACCUUCAUCUGCUGCUACAGAUAUUUGA